UGUCAGCUCCGUGCAGAGCUGGGGGGCGCCCAGGGAACAGAAUGACGCCCCGGAACAUCUUCGGAGUCUGGGGCGGCGGCUGAGCCUUAAGCUUGAAGCGCACGGAGCUGUCCGUUCAGCACCACCGCGCGGCUCGGGGCUCUGGGCCCACCGCAAGGCGCACGGGCUCGGUUCCCACCCCCGCUCCGCGGGCGCCUGCGGCGUGGGCUCCUGCCUCUCUUGGCGGAUGAGGGGCGCGCGAAUCGGAAGAGGGGGAUCCACGAGCGUCGGGGCCACGCAGCCACCUGUGAGCCUUUCGCGGCUGCAGGCGCCGGUGUGUGGGGCCCGAGACUGAAAGGAGACGCACGGCGGACCCCGCCUGCCCGGUGGCGGGGCACACACACAGGCGCACACAUCCACAUCCUCGCACCCGCGCGCACUCGCGCAGGCAGCCGGCGGUGGCCACCGUGGUGAUGCUCGCCAGCAGAUCGGGGAAGUUUCCCGCCGGCCUCGGCCGCGGGCGCCUGUGCACCCAGGUGUAGCGCCCCCGCGCGGACCGGGCUCCUGGGCAUCUCCAGCAUGACCCGCCAGAGCCUGUGGGACGUGUCCGAGGCCGACGUCGAGGAUGGAGAGAUCCGCAUCAAUGUGGGCGGCUUCAAGAGACGGCUGCGUUCCCACACGCUGCUGCGCUUCCCUGAGACGCGCCUGGGCCGUCUGCUUCUCUGCCACUCGCGAGAGGCAAUUCUGGAACUCUGCGAUGACUACGACGACGUCCAACGUGAGUUCUACUUCGACCGUAACCCUGAGCUUUUCCCCUACGUCUUGCAUUUCUACCACACGGGCAAGCUUCACGUCAUGGCUGAGUUGUGCGUCUUCUCCUUCAGCCAGGAGAUCGAGUACUGGGGUAUCAAUGAGUUCUUUAUCGACUCUUGCUGCAGCUACAGCUAUCACGGCCGCAAAGUGGAACCCGAGCAGGAGAAGUGGGACGAACAGAGCGACCAGGAGAGCACCACGUCCUCCUUUGACGAGAUUUUGGCUUUCUAUAACGACGCUUCCAAGUUCGAUGGGCAACCCCUGGGCAACUUCCGCAGGCAGCUGUGGCUGGCAUUGGACAACCCAGGCUACUCAGUCCUCAGCAGGGUCUUCAGCGUCCUCUCCAUCUUGGUGGUGUUGGGAUCGAUCAUCACCAUGUGCCUCAAUAGCCUGCCCGACUUCCAAAUCCCCGAUGGCCAGGGCGACCCUGGCGAGGACCCCAGGUUCGAAAUCGUGGAGCACUUCGGCAUCGCCUGGUUUACAUUCGAGUUGGUGGCCAGGUUUGCUGUGGCCCCUGACUUUCUCAAGUUCUUCAAGAAUGCUCUAAACCUUAUCGAUCUCAUGUCUAUUGUUCCCUUCUACAUUACUCUAGUGGUGAACCUGGUGGUGGAGAGUUCCCCUACCUUGGCUAACUUGGGCAGGGUGGCUCAGGUCCUGAGGCUGAUGAGGAUCUUCCGAAUUCUCAAGCUGGCCAGACACUCCACUGGCCUCCGCUCCUUGGGAGCCACCCUGAAAUACAGCUACAAGGAAGUGGGGCUGCUCCUGCUCUACCUCUCGGUGGGGAUUUCCAUCUUCUCUGUGGUGGCCUACACCAUUGAAAAAGAGGAGAACGAGGGCCUGGCUACCAUCCCCGCUUGCUGGUGGUGGGCUACCGUCAGUAUGACCACCGUCGGGUAUGGAGAUGUGGUCCCUGGGACCACAGCCGGGAAGCUGACUGCCUCUGCCUGCAUCUUGGCAGGCAUCCUGGUGGUGGUAUUGCCCAUCACCUUGAUCUUCAAUAAGUUUUCCCACUUUUACCGGCGCCAAAAGCAACUCGAGAGUGCCAUGCGUAGCUGUGACUUUGGAGAUGGAUUGAAGGAGGUCCCCUCGGUCAACUUAAGGGACUACUAUGCCCAUAAAGUUAAAUCCCUCAUGGCAAGCCUGACAAACAUGAGCAGGAGUUCACCCAGUGAACUGAGUUUAGAUGAUUCUCUACACUAGUUGGGAUGAUUUGUGAUCGCCAGACAUACCUUGCCAAUCCGCCUCUUGUGCCUUUGGCACAAUCUACUAGGCACCGUAGGGUUAUGACAUAAAGAGUCAUCCCGACCCUAGAGGGAGAGCUGCAUGGGAUAUGAGCCCUAGGUUGCUUUUGCAAUGUUUAGAGUCAUUUUUUUAGAGGAUGGUGUGUCGAACACCACGCCUUUGCACCUUUCAAUGAAGUGACACUCACUGGUCUUUGCAUUAUGGGCAUAAAAUGUUCAUCUUUCUGCCAGAUGAGUAUAUAGAAUGCCGAUCUCUCUGUCCAAUGUGUACACUAUUCUAGUCUUGAUGCCCCAGUAUCACCUGUGAGUAGAGUUUUCUGUGCUCCCAUUUCUGCGGUUGUUUGUGUGAACUCUAUACAAAAAGCCCCGGCAAGUCUGUCCGGCGGAAAAACAUCUGUCUGUGGGGUCAGCAAGGAUUAUCAUGAGAUUCGGAUCACAACCUUGUGAAAACAGAAUCUCAAUUAUUUAUCCAUUGCUUUCCCCUAAUUUUCAUACCAAAACAGAAAGAUUGCAAAGCUAAGCACACUUAACUAAUGCAAGUAAUGCAAGUCUUCUUUUUCCUCGGUUCCGUCCUUGUGAUGUGCAUGGAUAUGCCAGUCAGUGUUUAGAAAGAUGUGUAUUGAUUGUCUCUCCUAAGUGUCAGUAUAAGAGAAUGUUAUUCAGCCCACAUGUAGUAAAGACUGAAUGUUUUUUUCCUAAACAGAUAGAUUAGGGACAGGGACUUUAGCUAAACAUGGGCCAAACCCUAGGAUGCUAUAAACAGACUUUAUAUAGGCUAAACCUUUUCAUUGAUGGUCAGGCCUCUAUUUUUCCUGAAGGAAUCAUAGAGAUCUUUAUUUCUGGCCAAGAUUACUAAUCCAGGCCAUUUUGACCAAAGUUUUCUGUGUCUUGGUAUUAGCAUGUUUUCCAAGUAUUUCUUUUUAAAGAUGUUUAGGAAUAAGGUCAUGUGUCUUUCUCAACUAGAAGAGGUUAGUGUUGCCUUGUCGUUGUGAGGUGAGCAUCGUUAGGUUGCUAGCAAGGGCAGUAGCUUAAACAUUUUCUUGCCUGCUCUGAAAGCUCGUAAUAAUAGGACAGCCCUUUUAAUUCCAAGCAGAAUUCUCUUUAGGUAGCUCUGCUUCUAGGACACAGGAUAGUACGUAGACAUUUUGAUUGCCUUGAGCUCCUGCCGUGCCGUGGAAGCCCGGUAGUGCGGAAGAGUAUUCAAAAUACAGAUGUGUGUGAAGACAGUGUGGCUUACCCCAGGUGGAAACGCCGGAGUUCUUAUUUUCAUUGCAAUUGCAGGAUUUUCUUGUGGGGAGGCCAGAAGAAAAGAAAGAGUUAUAAAGCCAAAAACUACUACUUCAUAAAAUAUAAAUGACUGUGAAUUUCUUGAAAAAGCUUAAACCUUUCGACCACUAAGCUUUGUUGAAGGGUUAGCACUAUUUGCUUUCCCAAUGUGUUCCUCCUCUGCAGAUAGUCAGCAUAGAUGCUAUGAAGGGGAAGCUGGGCCCCCUUUUAAGAUAAUUCUUUCUCAUCAUCCUUUACAUAAUCCAAUGGUUUUCCAGUGGCUUUCGUUAUUGUUAAGUCUUUGGCAAGGCUGUAAGAAUCUACGAUCUAAAUAAGGAGAUAAAUGGGCUUUUUUAUCCAAAGUUUGGACCUACUCUCAAUUGGUCCAUUUUGUGUUUUAGUCGGGUAAGGAUAAUCCACACCUUACGGGGUAUGGAGUGGUUCUUCUCAGAGGGCUUUGUGUACUAGUGUUGUCAUGGCUACAACAGUGUGGGUGAUUUGUUGGGUGAAUGCACUGGCCACUUAAUGUCCUUGAGCCUCCGGUUCAAAUCUUUCAUCAGAUUGGAGUUUCAUGAAGGGCAGAGGGUGGCAACCUCCUAGUGCCUCCAUGCAGACACACCUAUGUGUGUGAUUCCAAAGCAGCAAGGAUGUGAGAUGACCUAAAGGGCCCUGCCGAGGAGACAGAAGACAGGGUUGUUGGCACACGGAACUCUUGCUGGCUAGUAUCUUCAGUCCUGGAAGAUGCACCGAAGGCAGGUGAUAGCGUGAGCCUGCGAGGACAGUUCCGUUUGCUGAGGCUGGUGGCACAAGGUCACGGCAUGGUAUCCACAUGAUAUCCAUGGUAUCCACGUGAUAUCCAUGGUAUCCACGUGAUAUCCAUGGUAUCCACAUGAUAGCCAUGGUAUCCACAUGAUAUCCAUGGUAUCCACAUGAUAUCCAUGGUAUCCACAUGAUAUCCAUGGUAUCCACAUGAUAUCCAUGGUAUCCACAUGAUAGCCAUGGUAUCCACAUGAUAUCCAUGGUCACUGACCAUGAAGCCGAGGCAAAGGAGAAAUGAGGCAAGAGGCCCGCUAACUUAGCCACUCCCGUAAGGAUUUUCCUAAACGAGUGGGUUUACCACCGAAAAAGAGAUACCUCUAGUGGGUACCUACAAGGGUACGAAAGCUGGAAAACUUGACUUUGCUUUUUGGUAAUGACUUGUUUUAUCUGGUGCCUUUCUUUGGGGGAAUCCCAAAGUGCUUUAGAGACUGUCUUUUUUUUUUUUUAAAACAUUUCUUGUAUAUAUAUAUACAUGUAUGUAUACUUGUAAAAAAUAUUUCUUUGCCCACCAAGACUUUUAGUCACCUCUGAACUGAAAAGGUCCCAUUGGCAUUGAGUUCUCCAAGCAGUGGUUUCGGAGACUUCGAGGGAGGGCACCCCAACUGAUGGGGUCACUGCAGUGAAUUCCCCUAGAAAGUGAAUGGUGACGCCAGGGACUCCUGGACACCGAGCUGCGACGUUCACAGGUGCUGGCUCAGAAGCAAAGCCUCUGACUGGCCAUGUUAGAUAACGCCCCCACCGCAGCAGUUUCUCUUGGUAACCAGGGCAGGGCAGAUGAAUUCUCUGUCCUGUCUCUGGGAACAAAGGCUACAAAGAUGAAGUGUCCCCAUAAGACUGUCAAGGUGACCAGUGAUCAAUCCUUCCUUGGCGGGACACACACACGCACACACGCACAAACACACACAUGCACACACACACACGCAUGCACACUCACACGCACACACUCAUGUUCGUGCACACACACAUUCACA